AUAAACCCAACAAGGAAGACUUCGCUAAGUCAAUGAACUCCAAAAAAUGUCUCUGCAAUUCAUCUUCCUUGUAUCUUCUUUGACAUCAUCUUCUCAUUAAAAAAACCAAGGCAUUUCAUCAGUUCUUUUUCGUCGCACCAAGUCUUGAAUUUAUUGCAAUCUUGGCAAGCAAAGAUUGACAGAGUAUUUCUGAUAUGGAUGAUGAAGUUGUAAGCUAUUUGCUGAAUCAAUUUAGUGGUGGUCUUCAAUCUUCCAAAGUUAGCUGGAAAAGAGAUCUUCAGGAACUGGAGAAACUGAUUCGACGAAAUAUUGAGAACGCACCCGCUGGAGAGAAGCCAUCACUCAGGGAAAAGCUCUACCGCCUCAACAACAUUUUGGUUGAAUGUCAGGCAGCAUCGUUCUUAUCUCGUGAAGGAAUAAUUUCCCUGUGGAGAAUCAGGAAUACUUUGAAAGAAAUCAAGGAGGAGCUUAAAUCGAAAGAUUCUAUUACAAUUUCCUCAAAUGGAAACUUUAGUCCACGACGGGAUGAUCAGGGGAACUCAUCAAAUGUUAGAGAUACUGGCCGCCAGAGUCAUCAAUCUGUAAGUCCGCUGGUGGUUCAUGGCUUCGAUGAUGAAAUAAUGUCACUGAUGAAACUGCUUGUUUACGAAAGAAGUAAAGAAAAGUUCAGUGCUGUCGGAAUCACAGGGAUGGCUGGUGUCGGAAAAACCACACUAUGCCAAGAAAUUAUAAAGAGAGAUGAAGUGAAGAAGCACUUUGUUCCUAGGAUUUUGGUAAGCAUGUCGCAAAAGCCUGAUGGGAACAAAGAUGCAAAGAUAGCUCUUGUGGAAAGAAUACUGCUUUCACUUGGAGUUGAAGAAAAUACCAUCCAAUCCGUUUCUAACCGCGGCCUUUCAGCUCUGAUCUGUGCACUUCAUGUGCAUCUGAUGGGCAAGAAGUAUAUGAUUGUCCUCGAUGAUGCUCAGGAAGUAGAUACGUGGUUUGAAAACCUGAAUUCUCCUUUAACUGGUAAGGUUAAAUGGGAGCAAAGCCUUGCGUAUGGAUUGCCGAAAGGCUAUGGAGGAACAGUACUUGUUACGAGUAGGAAUAAGGACUUGGCAAAGAAGAUGGUCGGGGAGGAAAAUGUACAUCCCGUUCUGCCUCUUGCAGAUAAAGAGAAAUGCUGGCUUAUUUUCAAAGAUGCCGUUGAGCAAGAUGGGACACCAUUCAAUCCCCCAAAUGUGGAAUUGGAGGAUCUAAAAAAGGAGAUCAUAAGAAAGUGUUCUGGCCUUCCAUUAGCAGCAAGAGUGCUUGGGGAAAUUAUGAAAGAAACAAUGGAAGAGGCACCCGUGCCUAAUGGUCAUAUUGUGACAGUUCAUCCACAGUUACCAACUGACAGCAAUUCAAAUGUUUAAUGCUUGUUUUGAUCUAUUAUUACCUUUUCCCUUCAAGAUUUUUCUAUGGUUUUCACCUCCUUUGUCUUUGAUCUACAUUGUCAUGUUUCUAUUUCUGAGUUUUGAAUGAAAAGUUUCUCUUCUCUGCA